UUCAGUCGCGAGCUCCUCCGAGAAGUGUCGUCAAAGGUUUAGGUCUAGGGGACAUACCAUACUAAGCAUUUGCGACCGCACAUUUAGGACAGUUCGGCGAUCAGAAGUACCGCGAGGAUGGCGGCAGAACAACGAAAGCUGCUCGAGCAGCUUAUGGGAGAGCAGCUCAUGAGCGGACCAGGGACGAGAUCGACUCAGUUGCCAAUGACAGAUCCUAAGGUGUGCCGCUCAUACCUCGUCGGUACAUGUCCUCAUGACCUGUUUACCAAUACCAAACAAGAUUUCGGUCCAUGCUCGAAAGUUCACAGCGAGCCCUUGAAGAACGAAUACGAGGCUGCCGAUGAAAACCAAAAGAAGAAGUGGGGAUUCGAAUAUGACUAUCUGCGAGAUAUGCAGAAGUACGUCGAUGAGUGUAACAGGAGAAUAGAGACGGCUCAGAGGAGGCUGGAGAAGACGCCGGAUGAGAUUCGUCAGACAAAUACUUUGCUAAAACAAAUAUCCGACCUCACCCAAACGAUCGAUCUCGGGCUGGAGGAGAUUAAGAUCAUGUGUGAAGAAGGACAGGUCAAUCAAGCAGCACAGGAGUUCUUCAAGAUCCGGCAGUCAAAGCAUACCAAAGAUGAGCGAGAGCGCGACUUAAAAGUUAUAUCCGACACGUCUGGGCCGUCCGGUCACCAAAAGCUCCAGGUGUGCGACGUCUGCGGCGCGUAUCUGAGCCGUCUCGACAACGACCGACGUUUGGCCGACCAUUUCUACGGAAAGAUGCAUCUGGGAUAUGCGCAGAUGCGAAAAACAUUUGACCAGUUGCAAAAGGACCUGAAGGGAAGGGCGCCACCCCAAAGAUCAGAUCCAGCCGAUGGCCCUCCUGGAUCAAGGGGUGACUACGAUGGCGGAUUCGGUGAUAGAGGGUAUGGGCGAGGGGGGUUCCGCGGUGGCUAUGGGCGCGGAGGAGGCUAUAGAGGGAGAGGAGGCUAUGGCGGAGGCGGAAGGUGGUGAAUCAAGCAUCUCGUCAUUAUGGAGUACGGUAUGGGAGCACGACUAGGUCAGCUAUCAACUGCAUGGCGUCUCAGGUUUAAUGGCGCAUGCGGUUCAAUUUCGCGCUGUGUAAUGUACUGUACUACGAGCGUGUAAUCUAGACCUUGAAGUCUAGGCGAUUAUCUCGUUCCUCGGAUAAAAAAUUCAGAAACGAUGAAUCAUGAGCUGAGGGACUUAGUUAUCAUCAAUUCCUGUCUAGC